CUCCGGGCGGCCGCGGGCAGCGACGGAGCCGAGAUGGAGCCUCCCCGGCGGCCGGUGGUGGUGACGGGGUUUGGCCCAUUUGGAGAACAUGCUGUUAACGCCAGCUGGAUUGCAGUUCAGGAGCUGGUGAAGCUCGGCUUGGGAGAUGGUGUGGAUCUGUAUGUAUAUGAAAUCCCAGUUGAAUACCAAACAGUACAAAGACUAAUUCCCGCAUUGUGGAAAAAACACAGUCCAGAACUGGUGGUUCAUGUGGGUGUAUCAGGUAUGGCUACAACCGUAACCUUGGAAAAAUGUGGGCAUAACGUAGGAUACAAAGGCUUGGACAACUGCCGUUUCUGUCCAGGCUCUCAGUGUUGUGUAGAAGGUGGCCCAGAAUGCAUCGAUUCGAUUAUUGACAUGGAUGCAGUUUGCAGGAGAGUCUCAACGCUGGGACUUGAUGUCACAGUUACUAUAUCCAAGGAUGCUGGCAGAUAUCUCUGUGAUUUCACUUACUAUACUUCCUUAUACCAGAGCCAUGGCAGGUCUGCGUUUGUUCAUGUGCCUCCACUGGGAAAACCAUAUACUGCAGAGCAGCUGGGCCGGGCACUACAGGCUAUCAUAGAAGAAAUGCUUGAUGUUUUGGAGCAUUCUGAAGGCAAAAUUAAUUGUCGCCAUGAACACUGAAGCUGAGCAAAACUCCUACCACUGUUGCACUUCCAAAAUACUCCCCACUACUAAGUAACGGGGGAAGCAGCCUGUCUGAAAUGCACAGAAAAAGAAUCAGACUUCAGAAUGAAAGUUAAUUCCACUUUCAGCAAUUCUGUGACAUUCUUCCCUUCCUGUGUGAAUUUCAUCUGAAACAAGAGAGGAUUUCAAGUCUUUCUUUUAAACCACCUGCAACUACUUAUUUCCUGAAGUGGCUGAAAAAUGUGUGCUGUGUUUUCUACAGAGGAGAUCUGUAAAUCAAGUGACAGCUACUGAGCAGUCUAAUACAGUGCAGGUGGAAAGGUUUACACCUGGAAUCAGAGUUUGUGUGCAGGGAAUCGAUAAUACCAUCUUCUGAUUAAAGUCCUUAGCUUAAAAGAUUUGCGAAUUUAAAAAAAAAAGGUUUUAAUGUAAAAUUAUAGCUAUAAGCAGUUGGCAUAGAAGACUGAGCUUG